CACGGGGCUGAGCCUGCAGCGCCUCGGGCCCCGUUUCUCCCUUACAGGAGGAAAGUUUCUGCUGUGUGUCUCAGCAAGACAUUUAAAAUCUCACACGAAAUAACUGCCCUCAGUGCUGACCUCUGGUUUCUUAACAAGGAGAAUGGGUAAAAAAAUAAAGAAGGAAGUGGAGCCUCCUCCCAAGGAUGUGUUUGAUCCUUUAUCGAUUGAAAGCAAAAAAGCAGCAACAGUGGUGCUAAUGCUUAAUUCUCCAGAAGAGGAAGUUUUGGCUAAAGCAUGUGAUGCUAUAUAUAAAUUUGCAUCAAAAGGUGAUGAAAACAAAGUGACACUCCUGAGUCUUGGAGCAGUGGAACCUUUAUUUAAACUAAUCUCCCAUGAAGAUCCAAUUGUUCGCAAAAACGCUACCAUGGUAUUUGGUAUCAUGGCUUCGAAUAGUGAUGUCAAGAAAUUAUUAAGAGAGCUAGAUGUCACAAAUUCACUCAUAGCUCGGUUGGUGCCAGAAGAAGAUGUUAUCAUCCAUGAAUUUGCUAGUCUUUGUCUAGCACAUAUGGCAGUUGAAUAUACCAGUAAAGUGCAAAUAUUUGAGCAAGGUGGGUUAGAACCACUUAUCAGACUGCUAAGUAGCCCUGAUCCUGACGUUAAGAAGAACUCAGUUGAAUGCAUCUAUCACUUGGUUCAGGAUUUUCAAAGUCGUGCUGCAGUUCAUGAGCUAAAUGUGAUUCCUCCUUUGCUGGAACUGCUGAAAUCUGAAUAUCCAGUUAUUCAGCUAUUAGCACUCAAAACACUGGGUGUAAUUAGCAAUGAUAAAGAAACCAGGAUAAUACUGAGAGAAAAUCAAGGAUUAGAUCAUCUUUUUAAGAUACUAGAAACUAAGGAAUUUAAUGAUCUACAUGUGGAAGCUCUUGCAGUGGUGGCAAAUUGUCUUGAAGAUGUGGACACUAUGCAACUGAUUCAGCAGACAGGGGGUCUUAAAAAGCUACUUUCAUUUGCAAAAACCUCUACCAUACCUGAUAUUCAGAAGAAUGCAGCCAAAGCAAUUUCUAAAGCGGCCUAUGAUUCUGAAAAUAGAAAAAUUUUACAUGAACAAGAAGUUGAAAAAUGCCUCAUAACCCUUUUGGGAACUGAUAAUGAUGGAGUAAAGACAGCUGUAUCCCAAGCUAUUUCUGCUAUGUGUGAGAAUCUUGCUAGCAAAGAUGCAUUUGGAAUCCAAGGGAUUCCCCAGUUAGUUCAGUUGCUAAGCAGUGACAAUGAAGAGGUAAAAGAAGCUGCAGCCAUGGCUCUGGCUAAUCUGACAACAGCCAACCCUGGCAAUGCAAGUUCUGUUGCUGAAGCUGAAGGAAUUGAGCCAUUAAUAAAUGUCCUGAGUACUAAAAGAGACGGGGCUGUUGCUAACGCUGCAAUAGUACUAACAAAUAUGGCCACACAGGAGCCAUUACGUCUCAGCAUCCAGUGUCACAGCAUUAUGAAUGCAAUUGUAGAACCACUGCAGUCUGCCAACAGCCAAGUACAAAGCAAAGCAGUGCUUACUGUGGCUGCAUUUGGUUGUGAUGCUGAUGCAAGAACUGAGUUAAGAAAUGCCGGUGGACUGGAACCGCUUGUUAAGCUGCUGCAUUCUAGAAAUGAAGAAGUCAGAAGAAAUGCCUGUUGGGCUGCUGUGGUUUGUGCAAGUGAUGAACUAACAGCAGUUGAACUAUGCAGGCUAGGUGCAUUAGAUAUCCUGGAAGAAAUUAACCUGUCUAUGGGGCGCAGAAAUCACUUCAGUGAAAGAGCUCUGGACAAGCUACUUGAUAACAACCUUUCACAAAAAUACAGCCAGUUGGGGUAUUUAUCAUUCAGUAACAUCAUUACUGACAGCUUCUAUGAUUAUGGUCAGGUAAAACCUGGAGUGAAACUUUUGUCUUUGGAGGAACUGAGUACACAAGAGCUUAAUGAUCGUCGAGCUGUAAUCUUAGUUAAUAUUAAACCACCAGAAGUUGCCCUUACUGUGGAGGAAAAAUUACAAGAUCUAGUUUAUGGACGAACCAUAAAUUUGUCGCCAUCAUCAUCUUUUAGAAAAAGUAGUAAAGAAAGAGCAAGUGCAGUGGUAUCUCCUGUGGACGAAAAACAAGAAUCUUCUGGACGACCUUCUUCACUCAGCAAAGGCAGCACUAGAGAGAAAGGAUCCAGGAAAGGGAAAGGAAAAAAAGAAGAAGAAAAACCAAAAGAAGAAGAAGAAUUCCAAAUUGCACCUAAAAUCCAGGAGGAAGUAACUCUUGAAAAGUUACCGUGGCUACCACCAUUUGACUUCAUUCUACUGGAUUACAUUAAUGAUGCUUCCAAAACAAUUCUACCACUAGCAACUACCAAGGAACAAGUUGUAGCACUUGCACAGUUCGUUGCAGGCAAUAUGGGUGGUCCUAUUGAAAAAGACAAAUUACAUGAAUUCAGCUGGGAACUUCAUAUAAGCGAAAUAAAAUUUGAACAGAAAUGCAAUGUCAUACCUAUCGGAAAAAUCAAGAAAGGAACCUUCUACCACAGGGCUUUACUUUUCAAGGUAAUAGCAGACAGGAUUGGGGCUGGCUGUACUUUAGUUCGUGGAGAGUACACCAGAGCUUGGAAUGAAGUUAAAUUAGUUGACGACUCCCCUCAAGGAAUAACUGGACUUCUGCUUCCUCCUCAAGUAUAUGUCGUAGAUCUAAUGUACCAGCCAGGCUGCUUGAUGAAGCAAGGAAGUGCAGAAGCAGAUCACUAUAAACUAAUUUAAUCCUAGUAUCAGAGCUCUUGAAAAGCAAAACAAUCAUUUUUAAAGAGGUUUUAUUCAUAAAUUUGUAUGAAGCAUAAAAAUUUGUGGGCUCAGCUUUCAAAUGUUGGUGCCUAAGUCCCUGUAAUAGUUAUUUAAAUGUCAGUUUGAUUUCUAAAUGGCCAUUUUCGAUUGUUUUACUUCUGGUUUGUUAUCCUGAAUGUGGAUUUAGGUAUUUCUUUUGGUCAUCCAAGUCUGACAGCUUUGAAAUGUUAUUCAUUCAUUCUAUUUCAUGUUGCCUUACAGAAUAAAAUGUAGAG